AUGUGGUCCGACAGUCAGGAAGCAGCCACGCUUCAUAUUAUACUACAUGCACAUACUAUAUACUAGAUACUAUAUACUAGAUACUAGAUAUACAUCAGUCAGGAGCUCCGCAGCCAACCGAAGGGGACCAGAGGACUGAUGGAGGGUCUGGGUUCUGGUUUAGGGACCAGAGGACUGAUGCAGGGUCUGGGUUCUGGGUUUAGGGACCAGAGGACUGAUGCAGGGUCUGGGUUCUGGGUUUAAGGACCAGAGGACUGAGGACCAGAGGACUGAUGGAGGGUCUGGGUUCUGGUUUAGGGACCAGAGGACUGAUGGAGGAUCCAGAACCUGAACCCAAACUGGUUCUGGUCUUCAGCGGGAAACGGAAGUCCGGGAAGGAUUACGUGACGGACCUGAUUCACAGCCGUUUGGGACCAGAUGUUUGCUGCGUCCUGCGUCUGUCUGGACCUCUGAAACAGCAGUAUGCUCAGGAGCAUGGUCUGGACCUGGACCAGCUGCUGGGACCUGGUCUCUAUAAGGAGCAGUUUCGGGCCGAUAUGAUUCUUUGGGGAGAAACUCGCCGACGCCACGACCCCGGAUUCUUCUGUCGCCUAGCAACCAGAGGAGCACGGCAACCUGUCUGGGUGGUCAGCGAUGCUCGCCGGCUGUCUGACCUGCGAUGGUUCUUCUCCGAGUUUCCUCGACAGACUCGAAGUGUUCAAGUUCAAAGUUCAGAAACCACUCGGACACAGAGGGGGUGGAGCUUCACCGCAGGUGUGGAUGAUGCAGAGUCUGAGUGCGGCCUGGACAGCGGCGUGGAGUUUGAUUGGAUCAUCACCAACGAGGCCGACGCCCCUUCACUAGAAGAGCAGCUGCAGCCAAUCCUGAAGCUCGCCGAAGAAGCAGCAGCAUCAUCGCUGUGAUAACUCACCUUCACACAGGAAGCAGCAUC